UCUUGAGAACGAAGGACACAGAAUAACUUCUCUUCUGGAAUGAAAUCUCAGCAGACCUCUUUCGUCUUUGAGGUCAUGAUAUUGUGGAAAAUGAGCUCACAGGAAAUUGCAGCCAGCUUUGCUGCAGAAUUGGUCAUUGUUACUUUCUUGAACUUUUUCAACACAGAUGACGGAGUGGCCACAGAGGUACUGUUUCCCUGAACAACGUUGGCACGGCUCCAUCAACCGGAAGUACGCGCCCACAAGUUGAAGGGGACAACUUUUCCGAACGUCCAAAGUGUCAGUUUGGACCAGGCUGCCCUGCUAUCACCAGCAUGUUUCUGUCCAACGAGUGCUGCGUUUUAUCUGUCUUUUGGCUCCCCUGCCUUUUUGGGACCUUCGGCAAAGCCAAACAAGAAGAGGGACCGUUACCUGAACUGUUCAUCUUCAAGGAGCUGUGUGCCCUUAAACAGGACCCAGGGCCUUGCAGGGCCAUUAGGGACAAAUACUUCUUUAAUGUUGACACGGGCCAGUGUGAGCUGUUUGAAUAUGGAGGUUGUGGAGGAAAUGCCAACAACUUUGAAACCUUGGAGAUGUGUGAAGAAACAUGCAUUGUUUCAGAUGACAAGAGCCCCUGUCAUUUGCCAGAAGCUCCAGGUCCCUGCCGCGGGUUGCUGGCACGUUACUUCUUCGACAGCAACAGUCAGCAAUGCAAGCGUUUCUUUUAUGGGGGUUGCUUUGGCAAUGCCAACAACUUUAGAAGCAUGGCAGAGUGUCAUACAAAAUGUCAAAACCAAGAAAAAGUGGAAGUCCCCCUCCAGACCAGUUCUAGAGACAUCAGUGAUGUGCAACCAACCAUACUAACUGAUGAGCCAACAGCCAACAAUGCUGUGGUGCAAAUGAAUGAUACUGAUCCAAGCCCAUCAACAGACUCACAUCCGCCGGGUCUGUGCUUCAGUCCCGUGGACAGUGGCGCUUGCCUCAGCCAGGAGCGCAGGUUCGCGUACAAUCCCAAGACGAAGAGGUGCCACGUGUUCCACUACAGCGGCUGCGGCGGAAACAACAACAAUUUUAAACACCGCAGACAAUGUGUCAAGAAAUGCAUUAAAAUUCGAAAGGAUCGUGGAAUGAAGAUGAUCCGAAUGAGCAAGGAAAAUUUUCACAACAUUCUUAAUAGCUCCACCUGAACCCUUUUUUUCAAAGUUGGCACUGGAUUCCGCAUUUCUCAGUCCCCUGUAUUUAUCUGCAUAUUGUUUCAAUAUUUGGGCCUUGAAGUCGGUUUGAUAAUACACUGUAAUCAUAUGUACUGACCACAUUUUAUAGUGCAAUUUUAUUAUGCACACGAUUUCACCAAGUAAUUGACACAUUUGCAUGUUUUGCAAAUUUUAAGUGUGUUGGAAAGAAAAUGUAUUUGCUUUUAUAUUUGACAAGUAACUUUUAUGAGCACAGAAUGUAUAUGCAGCUUGUAUUUGCACUUUAUUAAAUACUGUACGUUC